AUGGAUUCAAGGAAUCCAUUGAAUCCAGAUAGUCAGUCUCCUAGUUUAGUCGGCCUCCUUAACAGCCAGAAUUUUCCUUAUGAAAGUUAUCAAGAUAGUGUGAACUUUGGAGCAUCUGAGAUCCCGCCAUUUAGUUCCCAACAAACCGACACACCAUUGGCCUUUAGGGAGAGAAAGGAGUGGAAACCAGCUGAUGACGAGGUGAUAAUCAGCGCGUGGAUAAACACUUCAAAGGAUCCGAUUGUUGGAAACUCACAAAAUUCAGGGACCUUCUGGGCUCGAGUUGGUGAUUACUAUGCUGCAAGUCCGCAUGGUAGAGCUCAGGGUGAAGGAAGAGAGCAUCUAAAUAUCAAGCAGAGAUGGCACAAGAUUAAUGAUUUCACUAACAAGUUCUGUGCUGCACAUGCGGCAGCAGAGAGACAGAUCAGCUCUGGUCAGAGUGACCACGAUGUUCUCAAGCUGGCGCACGACAUCUACUACACUAACAACAAUAAGAAAUUUACUCUAGAGCAUGCGUGGUGUCUGUUGAGGUAUGAGCAGAAGUGGCUUAGCCUCAACACUCCUAAACCUAGUGGUAGUUCAAAGCGUAAAGCUUGUGAGACUCCUUCCGAAAGUUCAAACACCACUGCUGCUGAUCAUGAGGUCCGCCCUGAAGGUUUAGUUUCAAUGGGCCGAUAUAGUUACAGCCAGCCUUCACUCUCAGAUGACUACGGUGACACGGGUGACAGUAUGUACAGCGAGACGGAAGAGCUUAUUCGUCGUGACCAAGAAGAGCUUAUUCGUCGUGACCAAGAAGAGUUAAUCCUCCAAUAUGGCGAGACGGCUCAGUACCCUCCACAGCCAGAGGUGGAGUUUGGAUUCCCUCAGACUUGUUACUGUGAUGGCGAACCCCUUCUAACAACAUCAUACACAAGAAACGAUCCAGGGAGGAGAUUCUACACUUGCUAG